AUGUCAAAUGUUACCAGCCUGCCCAGCAACAUGACCCAAGUUUCCAUCAACAACAAAAUUAAUGAUAUCUUUCGCAUUACAUUUUUAGUGUCUGUAAUUGUGUGCAUUUUCUUUUUCGCCUACCUCGUCACCAUUAUUCUGACCGUUUUCUUCACAAAACCUUCCCUCCGGGAAAACUCUCGCUAUUUCCUAUUUGCCCACAUGCUCAUUAAUGAUGCAGCCUAUCUUGCUGUGUCGCUUUUCUUGGUCAUAAUCACUAGUAAUAUUCCAGUGUUGCUCCCGGUACCUGUUUGCUAUACUAUAGUCAUGGUGUCUUCUGCAUCUUAUAAAAUUACUCCUUAUAACCUUGGGGUGAUGGCUCUAGAACGCUAUGUGGCCAUUUGCUUCCCACUGAGGCACAGUGAGUUCUGCACCAGAAGGAGAUCUGGCGUUGCUCUUGUUGUGAUAUGGGCCAUAGGGUUGAUCCCUAAUAUUGCCGAUGCUAUUAUUUUAAGCACCUCUGUUCCAAGGAGCUUCUUCUCUCUUCAUGUGAUAUGUGCCCGCUCUUCUUUUAUGAAAACCUCCCUCCAAUCAUUAAUCCGUGACCUUACCCAUAUCUUGUCCUUUUCCCUGGUUGGACUGAUCAUUCUCUUCACCUACAUUAGGAUCAUGAUGGUGGCUUUAAGGAUUGGCUCAGGGAAGGAAUCGGCCAUGAAGGCUGGUAAGACUGUCAUUCUCCAUGCUGUUCAGCUUAUUCUCUGUCUCAUGGCUUUUAGCUACAACCUUACAGAAACCUACCUCAGGCAGUAUAUGUAUCUUCUGCCCUUGGGCAACUUCUUCUUAUUCAUGUGUCUGCCAAGAUUUAUUAGCCCUUUGAUUUAUGGAAUAAGGGAUGAAGUCUUUCGGAAUUAUAUCAAGAGGUUUAUGCUCUGCAGGCGAUUAAGGAUUCACGAAAUUAAAAUUGUGGUUGUAAAGGAAUAGUAACAUCUGAAUAUUGUUGUUAAUGGGCUUGUGUAGAAUAAUAGAAUAGAAUAUCAACUUAAUGAAUAUAGUGUGACUGUUGAGAAGCUUGGCAUAUUUUAUUUAUCAAGGUGAAGGGCUGUGGCAGA